CCUAACCCUCACCAUGGACCUAGCCACAAUGCUUACCUUAACCCUAACCUACAAUCUCGCCAACAAUCACGUGUCCUAACAUUGUUUACAUCUCAACGACCUUGACAAAAAUUGAGCCGGCCUUAACAAAUAGAUUUAGCCAUAAUAAUAAAGUGAGUAAAUGACUAUUUAUAGUAUCUGACGAUACUCCAUAAAAGCAUACAUGAUGAGUUUAAGCAACAUUUCAACAAACAGUCCUCCCGACAGCGACGAUAGCACAGAAAUGGAGGCGUCGGGUUCCACAAGAAUUGCUGACGAUACUUCGGAAAAUGCUAUGGACAAAUUCCUGCAAAAUUCCAGAAAUGAACUGAUGUCUGAGUUGAGGCGUUUGGAGCAAGGCGACAGACCGGUUACCGGACAGGGUCACCAGGAGUCCGUUAACCAGUUCUUCGCCAAGAGAAUGCAGACGCCUGCUGGUGCUGAAGGAAAAGAGAAUGUUCCCAGUAAUGUAGACACUGUUGAAGAACACCGACCAGAUGCUGUAGUUGUAGAAGUACAGGGUCUUUACGAACAACGACGAGUAUCAGCUAUGUUACAGUCGGUAGGCUUCAGACGUCAACUGGAUAAUAUAAUCCGGGGCAGCGUAGCUGCAGCUCCAAGGCAUGAACAGCCAGUUAGAUUAAGAACUGGACCACCGCAACCAGCAAGACGCCAGCAACCUGUUGCAUUAGGUGCUGGAAUACCACAGCCACCAAGACCUGACAGUUCACUAUCCUCCAGCUCAUCAGAUUCUUCAUUACAUCUCAAUAUUACACCAAGACCACCUGUUGCACCAGUAUCAUCUACACCAAGACCACCUGUUGCAACAGUAUCAUCAGCAGCACCAGCACCGCCACCAGCAAGUCAACCUCCACAAGACACACCAGCAAUUGGUAUAUGGGAACCUGUGCAUUCUGAUACAACACCACGUCCAUUAACAUGGAAUCAGAUUAAUGAAAUACACCAUGAAGAAUUGGUACAGGAUAUCAGAGAAUUAAUAGCACAACAUAUUGUAUCAGAUACUCUUGGAGGACAAUUCCGUGGAACUUUGGAAGUAUUGAUGCAGGGUCGUGUUCCUGAAAAUGGUACUGAAGUAGCUGAAUAUAUUCGAUCUAAUUCUGCCCAUGUUCAUCAACGAAAUGAUUUUAGUCAUCUGGGGAUUGACAAUUUACAGGAAGACAACUGGGACAAUAUAUCUGUUACUAGCGUCAGUGCUCAUGCUGUUCCCUACACACAUAGUAACCUGCACUUAAGUAGAGAAAUAGCCAGUCUGAAAUCGAAACUAGAACAGAUGCAGAAUAUGAUGAAAUUAAGUUUUGAUCUACAGAUGGAUAUACAACGAUCAAUCAGACAAGAAGUUGCUGCUGCUAUAAAUAAUGGAGCAUCAGCUAGCACAACAGCAGCAGCAACACCACCUGCAUCCAAACCAGUUUUAGAUAGCCAUUGCUUGAUCUGUCUAGAAAAAUUUGCCGACACCGUUUUAUAUCAGUGUGGUCAUAUGUGUAUGUGUUUUAUGUGCAGUAAAGACUUACAAAGCAGGGGACAUAACUGUCCAGUCUGUCGCGCACCUAUUAAAGACGUACUUCGUGUUUACAGAAGUAAUCAAAAAUAAAAUGCAUUGCCAGACACCUAGUUAAAGAUACAUUAUGCAAGAUUAGAUAAAGAGCUGACAUUUCUCAUUGUAAUAGUUAACAACUAGAUAAUGUAAAGGGAAUAUGCUCAAAAUGUCAGUCAUAUUGCUCCACUCUGAACCGAGAUAUUAGCAUUUGAGUUUUACGCCUAGUCUCAAUCAUCAUUACUUUAGUCGGUAGAUAAACAACAUAAUCUCGAUUAUCCAUUUUUUGAUUUAAUCAUCACAGAGCGUUGAGCAGCAAAUCGGAUUCGAAUCCAGAGAAAAUCUGACACAUAAGAUGGCAUCGAGAGUUAAUUAGGGUCUUUUAUGUUAAUAAAUGUCUAAUUAAUAGUUAAUAUAACAUUUAAGGCCUAAAGACUGACCUGCAAUAGGAAGAUUUAGCUCUUGCAUAAUGUAUGUUUAAAUUGUGAAUGUAAAUAUUAAAUUAAAAACAUAUCUAGAAAAUUUAUUCAUCAAUUUUAUGAUCCAAACCUUGUGAUAAGUAUAGUGUGUUCUAAAUUAUACACCCUUAUUUAAAGUCGAAUUUGAACCACUCCCAUUUAACCCAACCUUUUCUUUUAAAAAAUUUAAAACAUUUGUGCAUUUAAGAAAGAGUAUUUAUUGUAUAUAGGGGUUUCUUUUCAUUUAAAAUAAAUUUAUAUAUACAAAG